GUCCCCUCCUGCUAGCGCACCGCCCGCACGCCGUCUGGUCGCCACACGCCGCUAACUCCCCGCGCUGCUCACAGAUGUCGCGGCCGCGCCGGCCGGCUCGCUGCUGCGCAUCCCCGGCCCUCAUGCUCUUAUUUACGGUUUGUUUAUAGUCGUGCAUCGUCACAUGGGCGCUCGGUGGGGCCAAGCGCGCUCCGACUGCUCGUAAUUUAUCCGGACGGCGACGGUGGUCGGACGCUCGGAGUGGGUGCAGGGCUCGCGCAGGGUCCGCGGGUCGGGCCAGCCUCGUUGCGGCCGCUUCCACUCUCAUUAUCUUGUUAACCUCCACUCAUGCGCCCAUUCCUAUUGGUUGCUGUCGGUCACGUGUUAGUAUUCCGAGCCCAUAUAUGGAGUAAUGUGCAAGUGCUAGAGAGGUUUCCCUUCGACUAGUGUCGCCAUAAUCCAUCAACAUUGGGUGGAACAGUGGACAGAACUGCACUCGUGGAGCAAAUCACUUGCGGACUUACGCGAUGAGCUCCUAUCAGUUCGUGAACUCUAUGUCCGCCUGCUACGGGCAGCGCGGACAGGACGCCAGUGGUGUGAACACAGACUACUACGGAGCCUCCGUCAAUAGUUACAACAACUGCUACUCGCCUCCACUACAGCAGUACGGAGGUUACACACCGUCGGGACUCUCGGCUGUCCCGAACGGCAGCGAGUUCCCUGGAGGAGGCAGUGCGGGCGUGGUAGUGACUUCGGCGUCGGCGGGAGGAUCGUCAGUGGGCACUCCGAGCGGCUCUGGCGGCAACACCACGCCCGGGCCCUCCGUGCAGGGGCGCCUCCACCAGACCUCCACCUCGCCUGCCGCCACGCCGCAGGCCUCCUCCUCCGCCUCCUGCAAAUUCGCCCCCACGCCAGAGUCGUCGACGGCGAACCCGGUCGGCUCCCCGCAGGACCUGUCCGUCUCCGCCGGCGGCAACGGGCCGGGCUCGAGCAGCUCCGGAAGCGGCUCCGAGCAGAACAGCUCUAGUCAGGGCGGCGGGGGCGGCAGCAGCAACUCCGGCGGAGGAGGCGAAGGAGCCGAAGGAGGAGAGAGUCUGGAGGGCGCCUCUGGAAGCGCGGGAGGCUCGUCCUCCGGGAAGCCCGCCCCUCAGAUCUACCCGUGGAUGAAGAGAGUGCACCUCGGCCAGAGUCUCUGCAUGCCACAGGGCAUCGUUCCUACAGUAGCAGCCAUGUGCGGGCCGCAGACGCACGCGAGCGGCGGCCCAGAAGGAUCUCGUAAAUAUCUCCCGCCAGGCCGUUCGCCCAUCUCGCGCCCCCGCCCCACACGCCCCCAACUCUUUGAGGAGCGUAACCGCAAGAGCGAGCGUACUGGGGCCCACGACCCGAGAGAUAAGUAUCCAGGUGCCAUAAACAUAUUAUCACUGCAGCAGCAGUCGCGGCAGCCAGCAUGGUCCCGAGCCUUGGCGCUGUAUUCCAGACGAGGCCUUAUCUUAGCUAAUGAUUGUAAGGACCAUAAAUCCCCAGCAUUACGGAGACGCUGCUGGACCCCCAUUGUUUGUCGCGCCACCUACACUGGCCUGCCGCGGUCAGGGGGGAUGUGGUUGGCGCUGGUGGUGGUGGUGGUGGCCGACGGCUGUGGCGGGCGUUGGGGAGCCUCAGUUGCGGUGGUGGAGGUGGAAGGUGGAGGUGGAGGUGGAGGGAAGGCGCUCGUUAUGCUACGAGAGGCCGUCGGGAGCAGCGCCGGUUUCAUUAUCGUGGGAAUCGCCUGCUGGAAACUGGUGAUGAUAAGAAAAUAUGAUAACCCUUGCUCGGAAAUGUACAUUGUUAUCCAGUUUCUGACGUAA